AGCAAACUUGUCGUCGAUCCUCUCCGUCUGAAAACCCUUACCUUACGGUUGCGAUACGCCGGCGUUUUGUAUUUCGCUCCGAUGUCAAUCCCGCCGUCUUCAGCAUCUAAGUUCACAUACACUGCGAAUUCGUACUAUUCCGCUCCUUACCAGCUUCCACAGCGCUUCGUGGCGCCGUCUCCUGCUCCAGCGCCGCCGGUUGCACCCGUUCCCGGAGAUACGGUCUAUCCUCAGCCUAUUGGUCCUGUUCCUGCCGUAUAUUCUUACCCUCAAUACCAGGCAUAUCGGUUGUUCCAGAGAGAUGCAUGCACAGACUAAGCGCUUGAGAAUGUGAAAGCUGCUUUGGCUAGUAGCGAAACCGAACAGAACACAAAGCGGAGACUAAGAAGAGAGCUAGCUAUUCCUCGUAAAGCUGCUGGGCAGUCUUGGGAGGAUCCUACUCAUGCAGAGUGGCCAGAAAGUAAGCUCUUCUUUGAUUGAUCUUUUAGUCUGGAGAUUGUAUUAGAGUUGUUCAGACUUCAGAGAUAGGCUUUUUGUGUGAAAAUGGAUUUGUUAUAACUCUGUGUUCCACAUUCUUUUGUCAGAUGACUAUCGCCUGUCAUACAUACCCACUUUAGUGGAAUAAUCAAUCACAAUCGAGCUGUUGA